GCAAGAAGUCAAUCAAAACACGGAUUUACAUGAACCGGAGACCAGGCCAGAAGCACGUCUGAGUUCAGAUCCGAUUCCUUGAGGUGGCAUCGCAGAGCACUACGGUCAGAAGAUGAGCGAGCUCGACCAGCUACGGCAGGAGGCCGAGCAGCUGAAAAACCAAAUCAGAGAUGCCAGGAAAGCUUGUGCAGAUGCAACUCUCUCUCAGAUCACAAACAACAUCGACCCCGUGGGAAGGAUCCAGAUGCGCACCAGGAGAACGCUGCGGGGGCACUUGGCCAAAAUCUACGCCAUGCACUGGGGCACAGACUCCAGGCUUCUCGUCAGUGCCUCGCAGGACGGCAAGCUCAUCAUCUGGGACAGCUACACCACCAACAAGGUCCACGCCAUCCCUCUGCGGUCCUCGUGGGUCAUGACCUGUGCGUACGCGCCUUCUGGGAACUACGUGGCCUGCGGAGGCCUGGAUAACAUUUGCUCCAUUUACAAUCUGAAAACUCGCGAAGGGAAUGUGCGUGUGAGUCGUGAACUGGCCGGACACACAGGUUACCUGUCCUGCUGCCGCUUCCUGGAUGACAAUCAGAUCGUGACCAGCUCUGGAGACACCACCUGUGCUCUGUGGGACAUCGAGACGGGCCAGCAGACGACCACCUUCACUGGACACACCGGGGACGUCAUGAGCCUUUCUCUCGCUCCCGACACCAGACUGUUUGUGUCCGGUGCAUGUGAUGCUUCAGCCAAACUCUGGGACGUGCGAGAAGGGAUGUGCCGGCAAACGUUCACCGGCCACGAGUCCGACAUCAACGCCAUCUGUUUCUUUCCAAAUGGUAAUGCAUUUGCCACUGGCUCGGAUGACGCCACCUGCAGGCUGUUUGACCUCCGUGCGGAUCAGGAGCUCAUGACUUACUCCCAUGACAACAUCAUCUGCGGGAUCACCUCCGUCUCCUUCUCCAAGAGCGGGCGCCUCCUCCUCGCAGGGUACGACGACUUCAACUGCAACGUCUGGGACGCCCUCAAAGCCGACCGGGCAGGUGUCCUGGCUGGGCAUGACAACCGCGUCAGCUGCCUGGGGGUGACUGACGACGGGAUGGCUGUGGCCACAGGGUCCUGGGACAGCUUCCUCAAGAUCUGGAACUAACACCGGCAGCAGCAGGCGGACGCCCGUGACUGGAAGACCAUUCCACCCUGAAGCGUUGCAGUGAUAGCAUUUCCAAUCCUCCCCUACUAACGUGGGCGCCCUCCCUCCGAACUGCAAAAGGGCAAGAUCUUUCCUUCACUUACUGCUGAAACCAAGAGCACAAUCCCACGAGAGAAGAACCUGCUGUGAACUCGACGAGUCGUGCAUCCUCCCGGGACCAUUGUCUUUGUUUGCUUUUUGUCUUGAAUGAAGUUAGAAGGAAAUACUAGAGUCAGAAUGUUCGCCACCAAGUAGCUCAGUGUAUCAUGAGGCAGACACACCUGGCCACUCGUGGGUUUGGGCUCAGGUCCGGGACCCCGUCUGACGCUCGUGCAGAGCAAGUCGAGGACUGGAUCUUGUCAUCGGCUCCAAAUUCCAGGUGGUGUUUGUAACAGGAUUUGAAAACAUUCAUGUUUCCUUUUUAAAAUAUCUUUGUGUUUAGUAGUUAAACAGAGAGAGAGGGUCUAGCGCGGCCUCUCUGAAGUUGUUAAUGAUGUAAAUUUAGUCCCUGUUUUUAAAAUUUUUUUUGUCUAGUGUCACAUGGUUGUUGCACAGACAUGGCACAGAAAGAGCAGACCCGAGCGUGGUGACCAGCAGAGUCCAAUCAGGCACCUUUCUCCCGCCGUCCUCUGCCUCUCCCUUCAGUUCUAACCUCCCCUGGGGUUUCCUGGUGAAGUGGGGAGUUUAUAAUAAUAGCCUAACACUACCCCGUGCCCCGCCCACUGUCACAACCUGUGUUCCAGAGAGGUGCCCGUCCUGUGCUUGGAUAGUCAGUCAAUUCUUUGUGUAUGAAACAAUGUAAAAAUCAAUGUUUUGAAAAUAAUGAUCUCAAACUUUCUAAGUUAAAUUUUAAACAAUUGGAUCGUUGGCCGCACUGGGGGCUAACUCUUAGACUCGCAUGCUGUAGGAAUGCUCACGUGUGCGUUAGCGCUCAGGCCUAGGUGUUCUUUUUCUUUACGAAUAACCUCUUUCAAGUUGUAACCAUUUACGGCUCUAGCCACUAUCGUUGCUACUCUGCACGCACCGGAAGCAGUACAGUAAGCAGCUCGACACGCUUGAGUAGCAGGAUAAGGCACUAUUUUCUUUAUUUCUUAAAAAAAACACCAAGUCCUGUUCCAAAUGAUUGCUGUUGGAUUUGGGGGGUGGGGUGGGGGCAGGGAACGGAGACCCGGCCGGCUCUGUAAACUCCUACGGAACCAGCCUCUGCACCUGAGGCAGGUCGUUUUCUAACACAGACUUCCCGGUGCCCCCAGCCGGUCCCGCAGGUGUCCCCGCAGCGCCCCGCGCUGUGCUGGGGGGUGGGGUGCUGGGCCCGCCCGGGCGCUCCCGCAGCAGCAGAGCUUUUCCCGCUGGCUGUCUGCGGCUCCUGCACAGGUGGCCGCGUGGACACGUGGGCCUGGGUCUGCGGGGCGCGGGGCGGAGCCCUCCUAGCGACACCCUGUAGGCCGCCUGCACCUGCCCUCCCUUUUGUAUUUAAUUUUCAGUCCGUGUGCUGCAAGGAAGCUGGACGCGAGGUCGGCCCUGCAUUCAACUGUCCUGUUAUUUAAGCUGAAAUAAAGCAGUUUGACAUGAGGGA